AUUUUAGCAUAACAAGAGCCCAGAGGCCAGACUUUUUCUUAUAAUCUGCCAAAAAAAACUGUUAAUCAAUAAGAAAAGGCCAAAAAGAUGUUGUUUCUAAGUUUGUGGAUGUAUUUGGAAAGAAACAGAAGAAAGUUUUGUUGGACAGUUCGGAAGACAAUAUUGUAAAAGCUAAUCAAUAUAUUUAUAUAUAUCAUAUAGUUGACAAAGUGUAAAGUUUAAGAGAUGUGAGGGAGUGGGAUUUUGUCUUUUCAACGCAGGAUGCUUUAUCAUGUGUGCUCUAUUUUUAUAAAAGUAGCCCAGUUUAUGUGUUAAUUAAAAGCUUUGGUGGUAAUCCCUGUUUUUCUUUCUGUUGUUAGAAGAAAGUUUGAUAAAACUAAUAACUGAUUUCCUUUUCUGUCUUUCUCGUCAUCUGAAUACCAUGUAAUAUACUAAUAUAAUAUAACCUUUUUAUAUAUUUGUACAUAUAAAAUAUUAGCAGAAUGUCGUUAACAAAAAAUAGCAAUCGAGAGUAGCUAUAUUGACAAAAACUUGAGAAAUUUUAAUAUUAAUAGUAUUUUUAAUUGUUUAAAGGCGAUUUUUGUUUGUAUCUAUAUGUUUUAUAAUUUAAAAAAAAACUCUAGAUGGACGCAUAUUUUGAAUUCAAACAUGAUAAAAUGAAUUAUGCAUACUGAAUCCAAACAUGUCUAGUCUAAAAAAAUUUCGUUGUUAUGUCAUCAGCUGGAUCAAAACAUGAUAGACUGAAUGAAUUAUGCAUAUUGUCGGGGAAAAAUAAACAGUGUUUGUAAAGAUAAACCAACAAAAGGCAUCAAGUCAACGAUAUUUUUUAACAAAAUAUCAUAUUAUUAUCAUGAGGAUGAAUUAAUAUUACGAUAAUAAUACGUACAUAAACAGAAUCUACAUUGGUUAAUCAUUGAUAUACAAAAGGCAAAACCAUAAUUAUAAGGUACUAAACCUUGUAAAGAAAAUAGUGCAUCGAGGUAUCUUAGAAUUCAAGAAAUUGAAAAAGAGGCAUGAUUGUAACUUAGCAAUUACUAUGAAAAAAAUAUCUGGAAUGGUGAAAAUAGUAUAAUAAAAUCUUCCGAAUAAUGAAAUAUUUGAUUUCAUAGUUGUGUAAUCGAUGGUAUUAUAUUUGCAGGAGAAGAUUGCAUUCACUCGUAUUGUAUUAAUAGGUCUAAUUAUAGUCGACGUGUGAACAGAGUAAUGAAUGAACUAUCGAUCCAUUGCCUUUACAUGUGCUCUGAAAAAAAUUAGCUAUUGCGUCGUGGACUUUUAAUGAAACCACGUUCCAGAUAUGACUUUCUUUAAUAUUUUUUUUCCGAUAAUAAAUUUAUUUCUGUCACAAAAGGUUGACUUUCAUAGAUGCAAGGUGUUAUGUUUCUCUUGUUGCACAAUAUAUCAUAUUAAAACUUGCAUAUAUUGAAUCACUUUUUAUAAAGGAUAAUCGUUAGAGGUAUAUAUAUACUAUGAAUCGUUUAUAUGUGCUUUGGUGACAUCUAUAGACUAUAGUAUUAAGGUUGAGUUGCGGUAUAUGUUAAUAAUAUAAAUCACAUUAUAUUGAUGUUUCACGGUACCUAUCUAAUUUUAAAUAAUUAUACAGUUUUCUUUUUCUUGGAAGCUUGGAUUUUGGAAAAUUAUAUUUUAUGCAAAGUUUUUUUAGUUAAGGGAUAUAAUAGCAUUUAACCUAAACUUCCAAUGAUAUUUUUUUUUUGGGUUUGGGGUUCGGUCAGUGCUAAAGCAUAGAGAAGAACUGCAUCUAAUUGAAUGGCUCAAAGCCUCAAACCAAAUAAAUAGUACAAAAGUUUAAGUUAAAACCUAAGAGAUGAGAGAAUAGGAAAGUAUGAUAACAACUAUGGAAUUUAUCUUUACAAAAUCAUAUGGAAUAUAUCCGAUAUUUAAUUUGAAUAUAUUAUUAUAUCUACACAUGAAGAUGAUAAUAGACCAAAUGAGGUUUUGGGAGUCAUACUCUUCAUAUUUUUCAGCUCUAUACUUCAAUAAUUUUUGCUUGGGAAAGAGAUAUAAAUCUUUCGCGGCUGGGAGAUUUACAUGCGACUCAUAACUUUUUCAUUCCCAUUAAACAUGAAAUAAAUGGGUGAAAAAAUAGUGUAAGUUAUGGGAAAAGUCGAGGUUCAAGCAAAAUGAAGUUAUUAAGAAAUUGGUUAUACUUUGUGUGUUAAUUAAACUGUAUACCUAUUAUUAAACGAUAAGGCUUGACAUGGAUUAAGAUUAAGCAGUGAUAUACCUAUAGUUUUAAGAUUUAUCUAUACAAUAAUAACUGCUGCUUAUAUGGUUGAAGAUUUCAUCAUGUGGCUAUACGAUUGACGAUACAUCAUAGGGUUAGGAUAUGAUUUCAAAGUUUUCCACUGUAAUUUCAGUUAUAAUUAUUAAUUAUGAACGUUUACAAAGUAAAAAAUUCCUACCUUUUGAAGACUUUGAAAACCAGUAAAUUCUUUGAUAAAUAUCAGUUAGUUUUAUAAGAAUUGAAAUAAAUAAUUUAUAAUCCAUGCCCAUUAUAAACUAAUAUUUAGACUAAAUCCUGGACAUGGGGAAGCCUAUAUUUCUGCAUCCAAAACAUUUUUAAACAAAAGACUAAUUUGUGUGAUACAAAUUAUAUAUAUUUAUACAUUAUAUUUAUGCAUGUGUAUAUUCUGAAUCAAUCACACAAAUUAAAUAAUAAAUAUAUUUUUUUAUUUGUAUUCUGAACCAAAAUAUAAAUUGAUUCCUAAAGGACAUAAAAUUGAUUUCUUUUAUUAUUUAUAUUUUUUCAGUAGAAAGCCAUACAUACAUACACUUUUAAUAUAAUUAAUUUAAUUUCAAAAAUUUAUUUAUAGAAAACGUAUGUUGAAAAAUAAGACAUAAUAAGUUUUUUUUCCUUAAAAUUAAGGCAUCAUAUGUUAAGAAAAUUAUUCAAAUGUUCUUACAAAAAAACUAUGAUUUGUGAAUCGCUCGUAGUGAAGCAAAGGAAAAGAUGAAGAUAUUUUAAAUCAGAUUAAAGGUAUUAGAGCAUGUUAAAUAAGAUAUUUAAGAGCCGGUUUUUAACUUUUUUAGUUAAAAGUUAAGAGACGAGUUCUUAUAUUACGCUAAGAACUCUCUAUUAAUCAUGCUUUUACAAGGCACGAAAGAACGAAAGAGGCUGUUGAGUGGAUUGUGGAACAAGAACUGGUGGGUAAUGGGCAAAUUCCAAACCAGCUUUUUAACUGUUUAUAUUUUCUCUUGCACUAAUUCUGAGUGCUCGAAAUAUGAUUGCACUAGUAAAAAAACGCAAACAUCAAAAUCUCACAAAUCUUGAAAAUCAAAUGCAAACAAUAUAUAAGAAAUAUAUACUGCCAAAUGCCACGAAACUAUCUUCAAGCAUGAAAAUGGUAAAACCACUGCCAUCUAAUAUAUAUACAAUAUUUAGAUGUAGAAAAAGAAAAUUAAAUGGAAUUCUAAAUAGAUAUAAUUUGGUUGAGGGAAGAAGAAAUAUCUAAUAUAUAAUACAUUUAAUUUUAGAUGAUUUUUAAUGUGUAAAACAAAACAGUUAAUGACUGAGGAUGAACUUUAUUUCUAGGGUAUGUAUCGUCUAGUGUCUCCCCUAUAUGUACCACUAUGAGUCUGAUCCAGAUCAGCCACAUAUCGCUUUUGAAAAAUGAUAAUCAUUUACCUGGUAUUACGGUUUCAUAAUGCUAGGGUAUAAGUAAAGCAAAUAUACGAUUUAUUUUUCUGUGAUGAGCAAACGUUGCAAACUAGCUUUAGCCUAUGCCAUAUUUGUUUUAGUUUAUGGAUCCAAUAUCGAAUUAUCUGCACGAGAAAAUUCAAGGUGAAUGUCUAAAAGCGACCCUUUAGCUUUGAUAUUUCUUUAACUCCAUGGAGAAAUUGUGCCAAACUCUUGAGUUUUGCAUCAGCGUUGUCGGCAAUCAUUUUAUUUAUACGGAUAAGAAAAAAUAUUAUUAUGUUUAUAUGUAUAUCGUGGCAAUCCUGGUUACUCGAGGAGAGUUCCUUAACAAUACAUUUUAAUUUUAAAUGAACUAAAACAUGUAUAAACGGCAGAAAGUUUCCUCAUAAAAUAUUGUUUGUAUGAUAAACGGCUAAGCAAGAUCUCCCUGAUCAAACCAAUGAGCCCUGGAUGAAGCAUAAUGUAAUGAAUUGAAGAAACAUUUGUUUUUUAUCGAGCAAUCAAUGGUCGUCAUUUGGUAAUACCCCUAUAUAGAAAAUUCAAAGUGCAGAGGAAACUCCGAGACUUGGUAUUUUACAGUCUACCACUUUGUGUGUGUUGUCUUGUAGAGAAUAUAUCGCUUGAAAACAUAAAAAUACUAAGGAAUAUAUUUGUACAUUGCAUAGUCUUAUGUCCGCAGUUUUUCUUCUUUCUUUUAAAUAAUUUAAGAUGAUAUAGUUUUAGUUGUGGAAAAAUGUCAAGAAGCCCAAAUAGUUUUCAAAGUAAAAGAGAGAGAAAACGGCUGGAUGAAUUUUGGACAAGAAAAAAAGAAGUUAAAACGAAAUUUAGGGCCAGGGUAAUUCCUUUUGUACUUGAAAUGGGCUUAGUCUUCUUAUUGGAUAGCAGGCUUAAUAAUAUUUAGAAUAAGUGGUCAAGAAAAUAAACGGGCUUUUGACAUAUUAUUAGGGCACCAAUAAAAAUAAUGCUCUUAUGAGUUAUGACGGGGUGAUUGGUUAGUAAAACCUUUACCGUAGAAUUUAGGCUGUAGGGUUUUUUUAAUUUAGCUGUAAGUGAUGUAACUUUAAAAUUAAAAUUAAUUACUACACCAAUAUAUUUUCUACUGUUAAAAGCUUAAAAAGAUGGAACUUUAAAAAAUAAAGCUUUUACGACGUUUUCUUUUUGCUAUAUAACUUUAAAAAAUAAGAUAAAACAUAAUUGAUAAUUUAAAGGAUGUAGAUUAAUAUUAAAGGUAAAGUCAACUCUUACAGCCCAACUAAUUACAUUAGUUGAGCCAAAGUCUCUAUCUUUAUAGCUAGAACAUUUUGUCUACGAAAUGUAAAUCAACUCCUAUCUUAGCUACCUAUAUUUCAAGUUCGUCUAUUUAAUGAAAUAAUAAACGCGUUUGUUAAAAAAAAUCCUAAAAAUCAUAUAAAUAAAACAAUACUGAUUAAAUAAGUUUUUGUUGAUAGUUAUUCUUAGAAAAUAUAAAUUUAAUUUUGGUGAAAUUUAAAUAAAAUAAAAUUAAAUUAAUUAAAUUAAAUCAAAAGAAACAAGAUGACAUAAAAUUACAUUUAUGAUUUUAUUUUUUCAAACUGAAAAAAAUAAAAAUAAGUUAAAAUAUAAAUCAAUUAUUAUUUUUAAAUUAAAAUAAAAUUAUAUUUAAAUUUAUUAUUUAUGUGCAUGACACAUUGAAACUCCUAAUAUCCAUAAAAUAGACAUAAAUAAUAUAAAUUAAAAUAUAUUUUAACCCUAGAGUGAGUUAAAACUUAAAAAAAAAAUUUGUAACACAGUUAAAACUUAAACUAAAGAAACAAAAACGAGUCCACAGCUUAACACAUAAAGAAAAGAGGUGUGGACCGGAGCAAUGAUGCAAAUGCAUGUGGUAUGAGACGUCAAAUUGAAGCAACGGAGAAGUCUCGAGAAUGUAUGUGAGAAUUUGAGAUGUACGGUCUGUCUCUCACGGCAGACACACACUUUGUGUAUUAUAUAUAAUUACGCACACGAUAUAGACACUCGCAGGCACAUGUAUAUGCAAAUUAAUGAUGAGCAUGUAUGCAUGUUAACAAUUAACAUUCGUGUGGUACCAAAACAAAGGGACCGAAAAAUUCUUUGAUGUUCCUUUUUUUCAUAGAAAGAUAUAUACAAUGUAUCAAGUAUUUAACAAUAGCUUCACAUGCCUCUGGCGGACAAACCACAUAUAGUCGAUAGAACAUCAAUACCUGACUUAUCACGAUUUGGGUGCUAGCUUACAAAAUGUAAUCCCGGAAAGGACGCAUUUCUACGUGACACUAAUAGUAAAGCCACGUGUUUUCUAAUUUUGUGAAUUUAUUUUCCAAAUGAACAUUGUUUAUAACUGUUUGGCGAACCUAAUUCGUUUCAUAAGGUCCAAAAAGAAAAGAACUAAAAAGGCUAAUUAAUCAAAACAAGAAAAAGAUAGCACGAAGCCACUUUAGUCAAUUACUCAAGCGAGAGCUAGAGUAGUAAGAGAUUUAUGAACGUCUUUCUAUGCAGACGAGGUAAGAUAAAAUCCCUGAUACAUCGAUUAUUUAAUUUGCUUGAACACUUCACACUAAUUUAUCAACUGAAAUUCCAAUAAUUUCCUAUGCAGACGAGGUAAGAUAGAAAUCCUAGAUUCCAAGUCAAUGUGUCAAGCAAGCAAUCAAUAAAUUUCUAUAGGUCUAGAAGACUAGAACUCUUAUUAGACAGAUUAAUUCAUGUUCAUUACGGAAAUCAUAGGUAAUCAAGUAUUAUACAUUAAAUUCAGUUGGUCUAAUACAAUCAAACAUGUAUUUGAAUCAGGUCUAGCUAGUAACCAUAUAGAAAUCCUAACAUCAAAUCUUCUUGGUUAAUCAUGUUAGAGCAAAUACUAAAUUCAUUCAACCAUUUUAACACACUUUCAAUGCAUAAAAUAGAUUAUUGUCUAAAGGAGAAUGAUCAAAUCUAAUCUAGUGACUAGCAUUAAGAAUACUUAGCAAGCAUGUAAACAAACAAAUAUGACAUUAAACACUUAACUCUUCACUAACCAACCUAAAUCUACAUAAUUCAUGGAUUCAAGAUAUGUUAACUCACCAAUCCCCAUGAAUAACCUUAAACACAUACAAAGUUCAAGACUAAUCAUCUUUAGAAAGCAAGAUAUAUACUAAAUACUCAAGAUUCAUAGAAAAGUUGCAUCGGAGAUUUUUUGUUUUUUUGUUUUUACUUUUCACCAAGAGAUAAUUGUCUUAAGAUAGAAAACAAGAUGGAUUUUGAGCUUAAAAUGUAUUUAUAAACCUCUUAAAGUCGAACCGGAUUGACUCGAUAAACCCGGAUCAACCCGAGAAAAAUCUGGAUUAAUGAAACUCGGAAGCAUAAUGUCGUCUGCUUCAGACUGCGGUGACAGCCCACAGAUAUAAAAUGAGGCCUCCGUCAGCAUGCAGUCAUAGGCUGUGGUCUCCCUAAUCUCUUCCCUGCCUCGAUUGCACAAGCAAGCCUAGCCCGCGCUCCUGCUCCUCGCUUCCCUGCUUCGAUACUGCAACCACGCUCAUCUUGGAGUGGUAGCAUGCGGUCCUCUCCACGACCUCCUCUUGGCUGAGUUGGUAUCAUGGGUUUGCCUCUCGAUCAAGUCGAUUCUCUAGUCUUAAACCGCGCCUUGCAUUGACCUGUGGUGCUAGCAUGUACUUGUCACUUUCUUCUCUUUUGUCCAUGUUUGUACCCAAAUCCUUCCAAAAAUCAACUAAAGCCAUUCCACACCUGAAAUCACACAAAUGCGAGUGUAAGCAACCUAAACAUACCUAAAUGCUAUCAUAAAUGGUGAACACUAGAGUUAGAAUGAUGGUUAAGACAAUGAAAAUCACAAUAUAUCAAACCCUGUUAUGAAAAAGAACCACGGAUUUCGUAAGAAUUAAAUGACCAAAAUAUAAUUAUCAUAAAACAAUGGGUAUAUUCGUAGAUAAAAAAUAUCUUUGAUAAUUUUUAAAUAUACAUUCUCUUAAAAUAUUAUAUAUAUAUAUAUAUAUUCUUUACAUUGCUAUAGAAUGCGGACAGGGGCGGGCGCAGGCGGUUGAUGGGUGUGGCACUUGCCCCACACUCAUUUUUGUUUUUGCUCAAGUAACUCAACACAAAUUUAGUUAAAACCCCUAAUCUAUAUAUUUGUUUCAGUAUGUGCCCCGUACAAAAUAUUUCUCUGGGUCCGCGCCUGAAUGCGGAUACUCUUGGUUUAUAUGAUAUGACUAGCUUCUCGGUCGACUUGAAAAUAUCGAUAGUAAGCUUCGAAUCCACCAUACAUUUGCCAAGAUUCUCUCCAUUUCUUCGUCUGAAGUAUGUGAAAUAUGUACUACUGAUUUCUUAUGAAAGUAUGGUGGUAACGCAAGUUAAAAGGGGCCUAUGAGACGGUUACGCAUGACAGCAAUGCUUGUGUAAUAUGGUAAAUUAUGAGAUACUAAUUAAGGAUCCAUUAUUAACUAUUUUCAUUUUUUUUGUCUCUUUUAAAAAAAGUUAGUUGGGUGCAUAGAAGUCAAGAGUAACACCAAUGCUUUGUGAGAAUGAUUGCAAAUAAAUAGUAUUACUUUUUUUUUUUUGUAACACAACCUUCCUUAAAUCAUCAGAGUAUGUGGUUAAACCACUUGAUACAAAGUGGUUUGAAGUAUUCAUGGAGCAAAAAAGACCAUUGUCUUACCUCGGGGGUACAUUUGUUUUGAAUAUGGACUAUAUUAUAAAAUAUACCCACAACAUAAUUUAGAAUAAGCUAAUUAUGCAUUAUGAAACCUACUUUUUACCAGACCAGACAAAAAAACUCAUAAUGUUUGAUUUCUGGCUCAAACCACAUAAGUUUCUCGCACUUGCUUUGUUUCCUAAUUAGACUAUUAUCCCAUUUAUUAGGAAAACACCGAGGGCUAAGAUUACCAUAAUUAUAGUGGUGUUAGAUAUUGACUCGCAACCCAUUAAUUAAUUUCUCUAUAUACAUAAAUCAUAAAUGUCACUGUAUAUAUGUAGAUAGAGAUUAUUUAUCAUCAUGCAGUUAGUAGUGUAGGAUUUUGCUUUGAUCUGAAUUUGUGGAUAUUAAGUACAUUUUAUUAGAGUUCUACUUCAGUAAGUCAACUACUGAUUAAAUGGAACUGCAAGUGUGUAUAUAGUAUUUACAGUUUAUAUAUCACAUAGAGACCAAUGUAUAAAAUGUCAAUAUCCGCACAUUGACACACAUGCACAUCUAUAUAAUGAUUGCAGAUCGUUAAAUGAUCAGUUAUCACAUACUAAGCUAAAUGGUUAAGUCGUGUGUUUUAUUUUUUAAAUUAAGCUAAGCUAAAUGGUUAAUUCAUGAGUUUUAUUUUUUAAUUAAACUAAGCUUUUUGACAAAGAAAGAAAAAGAGAACUAAGCUAAAUAGUUAAUUCAGGUGUUUUAGUUUUAUAAAAUCACAAAAUUAUGUAUAUUUUUUGGAAAUAACUGAAAAAUCGAUGAUUUCUUCUAUAAUAAUUUUAAUGUGUUUGCAAAUGGUAUAUACAGAAAUGUAAUCAUAUUAUGGUAAGCGUGACGCAAUAUUCCUGCGGUCGAUUAGUGGUGAUUGAUGUGCUAAGUUUUUGGUGGUUCAGUGAUCAUCUGUCACUUGAAGUUAUUUCAAUCUAAUUUUCCUAGAAUAUAAAUAUAUAAUAUGGAUAUAUAUAAUAUAUAUGCAAGAAGAAGAAAAAGCGUAUAUAUACUGAGAAGGUACGAAAGAAGAAAAAGUAGGGGACCAAUAGACCCAUGCGUGUGACCAGAAACUGACCCUUUGUUCUUUAUUUUUCUUAGUGGAAGAAAACUAAAUUCGUAAAAGUGAUUGAGUCAACCUUGGCAUCAAUGGCUCAUCUUAGAGAUGUUGUAGAAGCUCCCAACAAACCGGUCGAUGAAAAAAUAGGUUGAGCAGACACUAAAAAAUCUUGGGAUUCUUGUGUCUACUCCAUCAUUUCAUAUAACUAGUUGCUGAGGCUGCUCAUAUUUAUGUAAUAUGUCUAUAUAUCACAAUACAGAGCUUCAAAUGUAUAGAUGCCUGUAAUAUCAUCUCCAAUGGAAGAUUGGAGAUAGUCAUAUUUUAAAAUCUUUUUGAUAUCUAUCUUUAGAAAAGAAAUAAAUUCUUAAACACUAUGAAAUAAUAUUAUAAAUUAAUAUUUAUUUAAUUUUCAUAUGAAAGAUAAUGCAAAGGAUAUGAUAUCAUUAAAUAAUUAAAAUAAAUGAUACAUAUAAAUAAAUUAAUUAAACAACCCAUUAUUAUAUAAAUUAUAAAAAUAAUAUUUAGAGUUAUAAUUUUUUAAUCGAAAUUAAUAUAUGCAUUUCAAAAGUGAACAUCACAAAAUAUGUAUUUAACAAACUUUGGUUAAUAUUUAAUUCCUAAAAUGAUGAAUAUAAAUUAUAAUUUUAUUAAUAUUUUAUCUUGCAGAAAAAAAUAAAGAUAUAUUAUCAUAUUUUAAAUUAGAAUCAUCAUUUUGGUUGAUUUUUUUUUUAAUAUUUAUAUCUGAAAAUAAAAUAUUGAUCAAUAAGAUAAAAAUAAAAAAAAUACAUAUUUUACAAAAAUAUAUUAAAAAAAAUUAACCAAUGAAAAAUCAAUAAAGAAUAUGUAUCAUUUUAAUUAUAAGAAAUCAGAAAGGUAAAAAAUGAGGUGAGUUAAGAAAAUAUGAAUAUAUUUUUUUUGCAAUGAACAAAUAUUAAACUUUUAUCACAUAAAUUUUAAAAGUUCCAACACAAAUAUAAUAAAUUUAAACAUUUACAUUUUCUUAUUAAUAUAAUAAGAUAAUCUAAACAUACAUAACUUUUAUAAUUAAAUUUCUAACCAUAAAUAAAAUUUAAAAACAAAAUUAAGUUAUACUAUCUAAUAACAAAUUUUAAAUAACACAAUAAAUAAUUUUAACAUACAUUUCUAAUUCCAUAAAAUUAAUAGGAAAUAGAUUUGUUCGCUUGCGGAUGUUUCUCGUGAUCUGUAUAUAUCUCUUUAUCAAACAUCCGACCUGACUGCUAUGAUAUAUGAAAUUUUGUUUUUUUUCUAAAUUGAAAAAUACUCUAAACUAAUCAAAAUGUGAAUAUUCUAAUAUAAUGGCUUCCGGAUUGUAAAUAACCUAAAUAUAUACGUAAUUUUUAAGAAAAUUUAAAAGUAAAUAUUUUUUUCAAAUCGAAGAAUUAUAUAUCAUAUUAGAAUAGAAACACAUUUUGAAAAACAGUUAUCUUACGUGAUAUAUUAUGAAUUAGGCCACUAAAAUUUUAAAACACUAUUAGAUUUUAUUAAGCCUACUUUCGUUAUUUAUUUUUAUCAAAAAAUAUGCAAAUAUACUUUUAUAAAUUUAUUAUAAGAUAAUAUUUCAAUAAAAAUAUUCAAACAUAUUUAUUUCAAUUUUAAUGAAUAUUUUUUUCUCAUAGUGUUUUUUAGUUUUUAGGUUUUUACUUUUAUAUAAUUAAAUAAUUUAUUAAUUAGUAUUAAAUAUUAUAUAAUCAAAUGGUGGAUCGGAUUAUAUUUAAGGUUUUCACAAUUGUAGCUUUUAAGGGUUUUCUUACAAACAUGAAAAUAAAUUUGAAGCAUAAAACAGGUUGAAAGAUAUAAAUUAUUUUAUAUAUUAAAACAAUUCUAUGUUUUUAAAAUGAAAAUAAAAUAUGUUAGUGUCAAUUGUUUUUGGUAAAAAAUGUUCAUGAUAAACUUAAAUUUAACUAAUUUAAUUAUAUUUUUUUGUAGUCUUUUAUUCCUUUGCCAAAAAAUACUUGAUCCUAAAAUACAUCUUAAUUAUAAAACAUUGAUUAUCAACCAUUUUACAUCAACAAAAAGACAGUGUGUGAGGUAAUCGAUUAUGACACUCAAAUGCAAAAUUAAUCAAAUGAUAGAAUAGUAUCUACUGAUUAUUCAAAAAUAGUAAGUUAAAACAUGCAGUUAUUUGAUAAAUGAAUGGUUUGUAUUUGUAUUUAAUUUGUAUUGUUAUUAUUUAAAUUUUAUAACUUAAAAUAAGUUAUAAAUGGAGAAUGUAGUAAGUUUUUCUUUGUCAACCCAUGGAAAGUGUAGUAAGUUAUAAAAGGAGAAUGUAAUAAAGUGGAAUUUAUCAUUCCCAAGAUGUGUCGAGAAGGAAAUGGGUCAAAAGUUGAUGUAGGUAACAAAAGCUGUGGAGGUGCAACUUGAUUUACUAGUCACAAUGCAUGAUCCCUAUUGCCAAAUUGUCCCUUUUAUUUUGGUUUUAGCUGAUACAACUAUAAUAUUAAGAAGAAGAAAAAUAGUUCUUGUUUCAUCUAUGUUUAUUAUUUAAUUUUUGAUAAUGUUUCUUAAAGGUUUAACACGUUGUUAGAGCAUUUCUAUUUUCUACUUUAAAAUGGAGUUUACAAUCAACUUUGUUCUAAUUUCACUUCGUUUUUCACUUUAUAAUAAAGUAAGAAGUCGGUUUACUCUGUAAAUUGAGUAAUGCAUUUUUUUUGUUUAUUUAUUACUCUAAAAUAGAGUUGAAUUGAAGCAAAAUUCAACUCCAUUGUGGAGCUACUUCAUUUUGGACAAAAAAAAUGAAGUUUUACAUUGGAGAUAAUCUUAUAAUUGUUCAAUAUAUACAUUUAUUAUAAUUUCAUUUAAGUUAAUAGUAAGAUUUUUAUUUUACAUGUAAAAGCAGUAAGAUUUUUUUUAAUUAUCUAUUCCAUUAGAAAAUGCGCUGAUGAUAAUUUCGAUAUAAUUAGAAUGAUCAAUCCCAUCCAGCUCUUAUGAUCUAGUCAUGUACAUAACUUAUAACAAAAUCACAGGUAUUCUUAUACAUGGUUUAACUUGGCAAGACUGACAAAAAAAUACUUACAACACAUGUACUACUUGGCAAUACUUACAAAAAAGCACGCAUCACUCAUGUAUAUAUACAAUGCGCCAAUAUACAUUACAUCAUUUUAGGGUAUAACCAAACAAAUAAAAACAUAUUGAGUCUCCAAGAAUUCUUUGACGGUCUUUUCCUCGAGGAUUGUCUUGAGUUUUAAGUGUAUAGUUUAUUGUUAAGAAAAGAUAUGGUAUAUAGAACACAAAGCAAAAGUUACCAAAAUGGUCAAAAGAAUGGAGCCUGCGGGAAUGAAAUGGUGAGAGUAAGAGGAAUGAAAGUGUAGCUUUCUUCUUGUUAAUAAGCAAACAUAAAAUAGUGCUUAAGUUAGGUCUUAUGAUUCGGCCUCUUUUACUUUUGUUAACCAGACUUCUUACAAAGACUGCGUCUGUGUCCGCACUUUGCCGGUCAACCUCUUUAUUAUGUGUGUUUUUAUUUAUCUAUGUUUUUUGCCUUUCUGUUCCAAAACUCUUCUCUGUCACUUAUCUCUCCCCUCUCUAAAUAUAUAUUAUUACUAGCUUUAACAAAGACUAGAAAAUAUAAAAUAAAAGGAGUUGAUUUGUUUUUUCACUUACAGAAAAGUAAACGAAAUGAAAGAAUUUUUUAUUUUAGUGAAUAUUUUAUGUAAUUUUGUAUCUCUUCAAGUCUUUAAGACAAAGGACGGAGUAUAAAUAUUGUUCACAAAAUAUAAAACAUUUUAUUUUAACAUAAUUGUCAUGGCUAUAUAUUUACUCCUUGCUUCAUUCUUAAUUCCGAAACCUAUAAGAAAUUUCGAGAUCAAUUCAAAUAACUUGUCACAUAAGUACAUAACGUCGUUAUGAUUAUAAUUCAAAUGCAUUUUCACCUCUCUUACAUUAAUACAUCAAGGUGGCUAAAACAUAUAAAUGAGUUAAUUUUGAUUUUAAAAAAUAGAGAAAUAAUGCAAAACAUAAUACAGAUGGAGUAUUUUACAAGAGGAAAAAUUAUUUUACAAUAAUCUAUUAUGUUAAAACUUGUAAGUGAGAGAGAGAGUAUGAUGAAAAGGUCAUGGGGACGCCAUAAAGGAUUAGCGUGGGAAAUGAAGCUCGAGAGAAAGAGCACUGAUUUUCGUGAGCAAAAUUGACUCCCUACUUUAUUUCUAUUGCCGGGCGCAAUUAUUCUGUUAUUUCGGCUUUUAUUGACAUUUUUUUUCUUCGAAUACGAUUUGAGCAGUCUCUCAGAUGUUUACAACAUAGUCCGUCAAACUUUAACCCCGAUACCUCAUAAAUGUUUACCAUACUAAUAAAAAAACCAAAGAGAAUUGCCGAAUUUUUUCCAAAUUAUAUUUUAUUUUAAGAAAAUCUAAAGGAAUUAACUAAGUACUAGUAGUCUAUUGGUAAUCUCUUAAGGUUUGGUGCAUACUCAAUUACUCAUAUCAAUUAUGGGUUCGAUUCCUUCUGAAAACGAAAUUAUCACUAUUUGAUUAUUAUGGACUUGAGCUUCGGUCUAAUAUGGUGCACUGUAACAAAUGAUCGGUUCAUUCUCUAGAAUUAGUCAGAAGAUAUUCCAAACUAAGAUCAGGUACUCUAGCACUAAAUACAUUCCUUCGAAGCUCACCGAAUCAGCCAAUAGAACAUAUAUAAAAAAAAUUAAAAGGAAUUCAUUUCCGUAGAAGACCGUACAUAAAUCUGAAAGAGUCGAAAAUGCUAGCUAGCGAACUACAUGAAAUAAAGGUCGUAUCUGAAAUAAAUGUGGGCCGUGUUUUUGCUACUGAUUUAGCUUGGUCAUGCGUUACAUUCUAGUCUAGAGAUAGAGAGAAAGUAGAAUCCUUUUUUUUUUUUGACAACAAUAAGAGAAAGUAGAAUCCAUUGCAUCAAAUUUUUUUAAAAAAGUCAUGCAUCUACUUUUAUCUCAUAAAUUAAAACCGAGUAUAUACCGAUUCAUGCAUGGAUACAUGUACAUGUGAAUUUUCCAACGGUUCGGUAUUGUAUAUUAGUAACUCAUAUUUGUUUGGUUAGAAGGAGUGUUCAGAAGUUGACAAGAAUAAAUUAAUUUCUAAUUCGAUAAAAUUUAUUAAGAGCUUUUACAAUGAAAUGAAAGUGCGAAGGAAAGCAAAAGGGCUUUUUGAUUGCAAGCUUAGCAAGGUCAUGAUGAUACGGCCAGCCUUUUUUAGUCUUUGGUCGGUCCGACAAUCUGUGUGUGUUUGUAUUCGCUCUGUGUUUAAUUUCAUCUUUUUGUAUUUAUUUAUUUUUCGGUUAUAGUUUUUCUCAAGCUCUCAUAUAUCCUAUAAGGGGCUGUAAUGUAAAGUAAAAUAUGGACCGAUCACUACGAAAUAAGACAAUAUUAGUUUUGAUUUUAUAUUCUUCUGAUAGCUACACUCCUUAGUUGAGCUUUCCGUAAGUUGAAAGCAAAUGCGACUUGCAGAGUGACUUUCCAAGUUGCACACUACCCAUCCAUAUUUACAUUCAUCGGAUAAAUAAUUUUAUUUAGGAAAGGCUAGAAGUUGUAAAAGAUUAUCCAUGUAUACAUACAUUUAUAUGCAUCUCUACAUAUAUAGAUCCAUGUAUAUAAAACCCAUAAUAAAUAAUUUGCUAGUUAUGUCGUCUAAGACGUUCUCACGAACAAUUGUGAUUUUAUGACGAUACACACUAGUAUAAAUCUAUAAUUUUCUUAUUAUGUAUGUGUGAGGAAUGAGGAUCGGCAAAGAUUAAACUCAGAUAUACUACAUGAUACUAUGAUAGUAUGGUGUUCAUUUUUUUGUUCUGUUUCGGUUCAAGUAUUUUAGUUUUCCGUUUAUGGAUAUUUAAGAAUCAAUCGGAUAUUAAUUAAAUUUAGUUUAUUUAUUUUGGUUUUUGGUUCGACGACAAAAUUGUAAAGUAGUUAAUAUCCAGUCUUUUUAGAUCAAAUUCGAUUCCGACUUGAUUCUGCUUUUCGUAAUUUCAGAUAAUUCAAAUAAAGGGUCAAGCAAUUCAGGUUUCUAUGUUAAAUAUCAAGUAAGGUAAUCCGGUAUAUAAAUAUUAGAUUAUUUUAAAUAUUUUAAAUAUUUUAAAUAAAAAAAUUAUUCGUCUAAAUAGUUUUUUGAGUAAUCCGGUAUAUAAAUAUUUUUAAGGAUAUUUAGUUACUGAAAAAAAAUAUAAUUAAUAUUUAAGUAUAUCAACUAUAUUUCAAAUAUUAGUGUAUCUAUUCGAUUCUUGACUCAAUUCCGGUUUAAUUUAAGUUUUUUUGGUUCAGAAUAUAUAGGCACCAAUAUUCGUGAACGCUAGUUUUGUUUUAGUAACGGUUUUUCGUUUGGUUUUUGUUUUUCAAUUUUCUAGUAAUCUGCCCAAGCCUAAUGAUAAGAAGAUACUCAUAUUCACAAAACAGCUAGUUAAAAGAAAGAAAAAAAAACUGAUCACUGUAACGAGUUCAGGUGCCGAGAUAGCAUCAUUUUUUGUUUUAAAAAUAUUUCCACCAAACCUCCAGAUGAUGGUCGAUAUUACGACUCUCUCUCUCUAUCACUCACUCACAACAAAUGUGUGUACCCCUCUCAAGUUUAAUCACUCUUUCACUCGCAUGCACAAGGUUCUUUUCUUGCCUUUCAACACUUAAAAUAACCUAUUGGCGCCUCCACCUGUAGUCGAGUCUCUCGGAUCGUGUACCUCAAGAAUCACGAGCUUCUUCAUGAUUCUAACAACGAAUAACAAAAACACAUUGUGAAUUUGGAAGUUUAAGAAAAUGCUCAUAGUAUUCAAAACCCACUUCUUUCCUACGUAAAGUUUAUUCCAGACCGAUUGUACAUAAUCUAAAUAUACAUAGAUAUGAAACAAUGAAAAGACAAACAAAUUUACAUAGCUAGACGCCUAGAAGUUCAUGUUUUCUACUAUGAAAAUUGAAUCUUAAUGCAUAUAAACUUAAAUUUCAUUCAAGCCUCUCAUUUUUCGUUUAAAAAAAAAAAUCCCAAGUUCUAAUAAAAUUUGGGUUCUCCUUUUUUAUGUUUGUUUAUCACUAUUCUCGAUAUAUAUCUGAUGGAAAUAUAUUUUUACUUAAAGGCUUAUGGAAAAUAUAAUUAGAUAAGACAAAAGAUAAAUUGUCCUAGAUCAUGUGGUGGUUCUAAAUAAAUUAGCUUGCGUAUAUUCUAACAGAGUAAUAAGAAUAGCCUUAAAUAUUUCCAGCUCAAUCAAAACCUCAUUCUCAGUAUCAAAUGUAGACGAUUUGAUGAUGUAAAGGUCAUAUUUUAUGCCAUCUUGGAGAAUAUCAAAUGUAAUGAUCUAUUUUGCUUAAUAUUAAUUUUGAACGAUCGCGUAUUUUGUAAUAACGUCGUUUUAAAUCAAUAGUAAACCGAUUGCUAGUCAUUUGUAUUACGGUUAUAAUCAAUGAAAAAAGACAGAACACUAUUCUACAAACAUUUUUGGACAACUUUUCUACAACAUGUUAUGUGCCUACACAACCCAAGUAAUAAUGUAUGGGACCUUGUGGUCGAGUGAUAAGGUAACAAACUUAAAAACACUAAUAUAUUUUGAGUUUGAUCUACCUGCUGUGCAAAACUACAACACAUUAUUCAUAGACAUUCAUACGAUAUGAGUUUUUGUUUACGGUCCAUUUGCAUAUUCAGAAGAAAAAAAUAUGUAGACUCAAAGAUUUUUUUUUUUUAUCAACACUCUUCUCUCAAACAUUAGUUUAGCUAAUAUCAUAGACAUGUCAUUACCUGAAAUCAUAAAUAAAAAAAGUAAUAACUAAGUUUAGUGGUCUACUACACAUAGAGUUUUUAAUAAUCAUUCCAACCCAUUUGUUAGGUACCUGUGCAAGUAAAGAUAUAAACUGUUUUUCUUAUACAAAUUAUAUCGACAAUGAAGUGUUAGAUCUACAUGCGUAGGUUAAAGAGAUGGAUAAUCUAAAGAAACUUAAACCCAUUAACCUUUUUGCUUUUUUAAUAAUUCCACCACAACACAACAUACAAGUUGCAAACUCUAUAUAUAUUUUUGGAACAAUAUAAGUGCUCCUACACAAAUCUGCAUUUGAAAGCAAGCUUUUGUCUCUUUUUAACUCUCUAAACUCCUACCUUCUUUUAACCAGCUUUCCGUACUAUUACAAACACACAUACAUAAAUAUAAAAUAUAAAUAUAUAUAGAGAUAGAGAGAGAGAGAGGAAGAGGAGAAAGAGAGUAGAAAGAUGGAGACUUUUAUGUCUUCAUAGAAACUAGUGAUGUGCGCAAAGAAAGAAGAAGUAGAAAGUUCAGGAGCCAUGAACAACAUAGGAAAUUACCAAAGUGACCUCUUCUUCCACCAACUUAUCUCCCCUAAUCAUCACCAAGAUCCUUCUCAAUCCGAAUCUUUCGGAGGUCCAAGUAAUAACGUCGGAUCCGGAUCCACUAUCUUCUCUCAAGAUUCCGUUUCCCCAAUAUGGCCUACUUUGGUCCAACCACCGUUCGAUCCGUUUCCUCCUCCCUCUCCAGCAUCUUUCUACGGGAGUUUCUUCCAUAGAAGUCGAGCUCAUCAUCAGGGGCUACAGUUUGGGUACGAGGGUUUUGGUGGAGCCACGCCAGCAACACAUCAUCAUCACGAACAGCUUCGGAUCUUGUCCGAAGCUUUAGGUCCCGUAGUGCAAGCCGGGUCAGGCCCUUUCGGAUUACAAGCUGAGUUAGGGAAGAUGACAGCACAAGAGAUCAUGGAUGCCAAAGCUUUGGCUGCUUCAAAGAGUCACAGUGAAGCCGAGAGAAGACGUAGAGAGAGGAUCAACAAUCAUCUUGCUAAGCUCCGUAGCAUAUUACCAAACACCACUAAAACUGAUAAAGCGUCGUUACUAGCGGAAGUGAUUCAACACGUGAAGGAGUUGAAGAAAGAGACUUCGGUUAUCUCGGAGACAAACUUGGUUCCAACGGAGAACGAUGAGUUAACUGUAGCUUUCACGGAGGAGGAAGAAACCGGAGAUGGCAGAUUCGUGAUUAAAGCGUCGCUUUGCUGCGAAGACAGGUCGGAUCUAUUGCCGGACAUGAUCAAAACAUUGAAAGCGAUGCGUCUCAAAACGCUCAAGGCGGAGAUAACGACCGUAGGUGGACGAGUCAAGAACGUUUUGUUUGUCACGGGAGACGAGAGUUCAGGCGAGGAGGAGAUGGAAGAGUAUUGUAUAGGGACGAUAGAGGAAGCUUUGAAGGCGGUGAUGGACAAGAGCAACGUUGAGGAAACGUCUUCUUCUGGGAAUGCUAAGAGACAGAGAAUGAGUAGUCACAACACUAUUACCAUCCUCGAACAACAACAACAUCACAGGUAAUCAAUUUUUAGUUGCGUAUUUACGUGUGUGUUCUACGGAAAUGAAUGUAUGUUUGUCACGUUAUACUAUGGAUAUGUGUGUUUGUGUGUGUAUGUAUAACGUGAGAUAUUUGUAUCCCUUGGCGCUUUGUUUGGUUCUAAAUGUACUUUCUUUUGCUUGUUUCGUUGAGAGUUGGCUAUAUGAUUAUUUUCCUCACCUAAA